GCGCGUUUUUCUAUAAAACUAGCGUUGUUUUAAACGGCACCACCUUUCGUAUAAAUAUAACGUUAUCUGUCCCGUUACACAAAGGGGAUUUUAUAUAUUGAUAAACCUCCUUGGUACCUGUUUGUUGGUUGAGAGAUUCCACCUUACUUCCCCCAGCAUGCCCUACGCGGGGUAACCUUUAACCCCACCCAACGGUCCCAACAGUGCGGAAGUGCCCCAGCCUGCAGCUGCAGCGCUGUGUUUGGUUCACACAUCACGUUCUCAAGAACCAGACCUAUUGCAGGCUGAAGAAAACCUACCUCCAUCAGAAGGCUACAAUCUGACUCAGCAAUCCAGAAGAUGUGGUCAUGGCAGAGGAGCUGGCUGGGUGGGACACUCUUCGCUUCCCUGAUGUUCCUCUCAUCCUUCCUCGGUGCCAUCUUCAUCCUGACCCCCAUGCUCCCGCUGAUGCUGAUACGGCCAAAGUGGUACCGUGCUGUCGUGGACCAGCUCAUCGGAUGGUGGGAGACAUUUCCUGUGGCUCUUCUAGAGCUUGUAUAUGGUGUAAGGGUACGUAUCACAGGAGACAAGAUCCCGCAAGGGGAGCGGACACUUAUCAUCAUGAAUCACAGGUCACGUCUGGACUGGAUGUUCCUCUGGUCAUGUCUGCUGCGCAGAGGGCAGCUGUCCAAGGAGAAAAUAAUUCUAAAGACCUCGCUUAAGAACAUCCCAGGACCAGGGUGGGCCAUGCAGGUCGGCUGUUUCCUCUUCAUCAAGAGACGAUGGGACGAGGAUGAGAAAAUCAUUAAGAGGAUGCUGAACUACCUGAUAUCCAUCAGACAUGAGACCCAGCUGCUGCUCUUCCCAGAAGGCACAGACUUGACCGAGUACACACGCAAACGCAGCAACGACUAUGCAAAAGAAUAUAACCUUCCCAAGUACAACUAUGUUCUCCAUCCAAGAACAACAGGAUUUGUGUACAUUGUGGAAAAGCUUAGAAAAGCCAAACAACUUGAUUCCAUCCAUGACAUCACUGUUGGCUACCCAGCCGGGGUCCUGCAGAACGAGAUGGACCUGUUUGCAGGCCGUUUCCCAAGAGAGGUCCACUUCCACAUCCGCAGACACCCCCUGCAAACCCUUCCGAACACCAGGGGCCAGCUGGAGCUAUGGUGCACCACCCGGUGGGCAGAGAAGGAACUGCAGCUGAAGGAAUUCUACCAGAGGAAGCGGUUUAAGGACCUGAAUCUUGUGGAUGGCCGGAAGUCGGGGAACCACUUUCGGAAGGAGCAGGUCAAGGCCAUCCUCUGGCUCUCCAUCUUCUUCUGGGGCAAUUUUGUGGUAGUGAUGCUGUACCUCAUGGCCAACCACUUUUUCCUCCUGAAAAUGACCUCCAUCAUUGCUGUCUUCUACAUUGUGGAAGGCUUGCUCUUUGGUGGGGUGGAAGACAUGGAGAUCAAACUGCAUAAUGCAAUCUGGGGAAAACUGCCCUGGAAAUGAUAUGAGUUAAAAUGUGCUUUCAGGAACAUGUAGAUAUUGUAGUAGAAAUGAUCUGAUGAAAGCUCAUUGGUAUUUGCAAGGACUGACUGUGAUGCUGUUGGAAGUACAUGUACUAGUAUAUGGGUGACACCUAUGCAUGUUUUGCUUUGUUUCCUGCACAUAUGCAUUGUAUGGUAUUUUAGUACAGAUAGAAUCCAGUUGGGUCUUCUGAUAACUCUUUGAUAUUCCUUCAUUGUGGACAGUCAAAAACCAGUGUCAGCAUUUGCACAGACUGGGUUUCUGCCAGAAAAACAGUCCAUGCAAACAUUAAGACUGGUUUUGCUUUGUAAAUGCAUCCCAUAGAAUUAUAAGGAAAAUGCCAACAAUCAUGUCAUAUGCUGACCAGGGCUGGCACUUGAGUGCAAGCAAGAAGAUUCAAACAAGACCAUGAUCUUGUUAUGAUCUAUUUUGCAAAGAAAGGGAUAGUAUACUUAAUAGUGUAGUAAAAAUAACUAAAAGGAUGAUUAUUGAUGCAGUACCAUCUGAUUCAGAGAAACAUCCUGCAGACAACUUUUGUUUUUAGACAUCGUUGUACAACAUGAUAUUGAACAUUCUCUCUGAAAAGAUAGAUUUGUUAUGAUAUGAAAGCUUCACUGUACAUUCAAAGAUACUCAUCACCUUUCCAUUGUCAUGCAUAUGUGUCUGUAUAUGUUGCCAAAGAUAUUUAUUUAACUUACAUAGAUAAUACAAUGUAUUGUGUUUAUGGACAAAUGCAGUAUUUACAAAAAAGUAAAAUAAGAGUGUGAUUAGGAAGUCUGAAGUGCAUAUCAUAAGCUCUGUAGCUACUGUGAAGAACUUGGGAAAUUCUUUAUGAUAGUUGUAUGUAAUGCCUAUAUUUUCUAUGUGUCAAACAUAUGUUUAGUUUUGCAAAAGAGUAUGGCGUUAAUGUUAUGUAGUGAGUAUUUUGUUUUGGUAAAAGUAUAUAAGUACUUUUUGUAGAAUUUUUUGGCUUGUGACAAAUUGAAGUGGAUUUUAUUUCUAAUAGAACACUGAUGCAACUACUAGCCUCAUGUAAAGUUUUGGAGGUGUUGCUAGAGAAGCUUGCGUCAUUUGAAGAAGAUGUAGACGAAUUGGAAGGUUGGCUGCAGCAGGUUUUCAUUUUUAAACCUUUCAAUUUUUUCUCUGUUAUUAGCUGUUUCUUAGCUGAAAAUCGCACAAUGUUGCUUAUUGCCAAAAUUAUGUCUAUUAUGCUCAACAUAUGUGUCCUAUGUGUAAUAUGAUUAUAUUAAUUGAUGUGAAGAGUUAAGGUGGAACUCCAGAACCUGUGUUUAAGUAAUCCGAAGUUGGUGCUGUCAGUGUCACUGUAGUGGUUUGAACACAUUGGUAGGUAUAUAUGGCUAGAGAGUGGUUCAUUCAUGGGAAUCUGAAAUCCUUACAACUUGCAAGGCUUUGUUGUGUUUUGCAAAGAGACAACUUUUGCCUUGUUUCAGGGUGUGGAAUCAUACUGAUUUGCUAGAUCUACCAUGGGCAAUGAAUACAUGUUUUGUAACAAGAAAGAGGCAAUGCCAGGCCCUGUAGCAUAAUUGUAAUUUGAUGGUCUAAAGUUAAGGAAUCUGCUGUACAAAAGAUUGUGUGUUUACAAGGCUUAUUCUACUUAUAGGGGACUGUCGAUAAUUUAUUGUCUCAGGUUGUUAUGAUAUGUGCCUCCUAAAUGAUAGAAAGUACUAAUCAUGUUCAUCUAGUUAAAAUCAAGCAUGCACAAAGGUGUGAAGUAUAACUAGAAUCAAGAAAUUAGAUCAGAUGUAGCUUAGUCAAAGUGAGAAUGUUAAAGCGUUAGUGCUGUCUGCUAUACCCUACAUAUAUAUCACCAGCUUGCCUUAUCUGCCUUACUUUAAUAUUUCACAUCUGACAGGAAAUUGUGACGUCAAUUUUCAACUUUGCAAGUCCUCUGGAACAGUCUUAAAUGAAAUGUUUGUCCCUCUCCUCUACUAUGUUGAGGUUUAAUUCCUUUUUUUUUGGCCAUUGAUUUACACUGUACACUGCAUUACUACCUGGUAAUGGUCGAAGUGUAGGAUACAGUAUGCCAUGAUUGUAGCAGUAUUGCAGCAAUUCAUUGUAAACUCUUCCAACAUUACCUACUGUACCCAGUAGCUUAGCUAGCAAAUCUAGUCUUUACUGCAGCUCUGUCAAAGUUAUCAUUGUAAUGUUGAACAUUGUGUGAUAUUGUAAACUCUGAAGUUGGUGGGUCUUGGCGUAUAAAGAAAUGAGCAUAUGGCAAGAGGGUCACAAUCGUCCCCACCAACCUCUGCUUGGAGAGUAUUCUUUUUGUAGAUUUUGUAGACCUUGUCUAGUGGGGCUGCACUUUUGGCUGGGAAGCAAACACUCACUCAGCUCCACAAACAGAUAAUUGUUUUUUUAGCAAAGCACAAUUGUCUAUUCACACACACUUGAAUAGAGUUUCUGUAUAGCAAGAGUUGAAAUUCAGGGUUUAGUACAAAAUAGCCCAAACAAAUCAUUUGCCAUUUUAAAAGCAAAGUUUGUCAUGCUUUAACCUAAUGGCUGUUUAGAUGUAAUGUUAGCUUUUUGCAAAGUCGAUAGGCUGAACCACAGUAGCAUUUUGCACAAGUAUGGAGCAUGUUUUAAACAAUGUCGUAAAUAAUCGGUAACUACAUGUAUUUAUUAUUCUAAAAUUUUCUAUUUUUAUCACAUUGAUGCAAAUAUAUUAUGUAUUUGAAGAAGUUGUUCGACAUAAUGCAAAUUCAGUAGACAAAGUACUUAAGUAGAAUAGAUGAUGAAAGAGUAAUGCCAAACAUCAUAAGUAAAUCUGUGACAAAGCGCUCAUUGUCACACCACACCAGGCUGAAAUAAAUUGAUGGAGCAACCAUGUAACAGAAGGAUUUUCAAGUUCUUGUCACAAUCUUGUUUUGCUCCUGCACACAAGAUGGCCAAAACUGGCCUGAGACAAGCUAGCUGGAAUGAGUCAAGGGAGGGUUCCUCCUUGAAGGGAACAACACCCUGGGUGCAUGAUGAUGAUGAUGUUGAACCACAUCUCAGAAACAGCUAUAAAUGCAUGUUGACUGUUGAGACAAUAAACUAGUGGAAAUGUAA